UUCUCAAAAAAAAAAGUUUUAAAAAAAAUUUAAUUAAAUUAAAUUAGUUUUACUUUAAAAGUAAGCGACAUUUGCCUUGAGUCAUUUUUUAUACACAAAACUCCAAGUGCAGUCGACAAAAGUUAUACUUAGGAUUCCUUCUAUGUAUGCGAGCCGAGCAGAAAUGAAAAUCUUUGCCACAAAUGUUGCUGUUGCCAGCGCAGCGGAAGCGAUUGCUGCGACAGGAUCAACACCCACAACACCGGCGCAACAACACCAACAGCAGCAGCAACAACAGCAGCGUGAAUAUCGCUGUGGCGCUCAAGUCAAGUACAACAAAUACAACAACAAGGCCAACAAUAUGCUGCGGCAGACCAAGUACAACAGUAGCAGCGGCAACAACAGCAACAAUAGCGGCAGCAGCAAUGCGGACAACAAACAUGCCAAGCGCCAGCAACAGCAGCAGUCACAGCAGCAACAGCAACAGCAGCAGCACUACAACAACAACAGCAACAUGCACAAUUUUUCACGCAAGAAAUACUUCGGCAAUAACAAUUACAACUGCAAUCAACAGCAGCAGCAACAACAAGCAACAACAGCAGCCGCAAAGCUCUCAAACAAUAAUAACAACAACAACAAUAAUAAUAAUGUAAUGAAAAAUCAAAACCUAAUUGAAGAGAACGUCUGCAAGAACCACAACGACAGCGACAACAACAAUAACAGCAACAACAACAAUAACAACAAUGCUGUCACAAAGUUGCAAACAAAAUCAAACAACGGCAACAUCAAGAAACGCAACUCCCUCUCAUCGUCAGCUGAAUCGAGCACAUCAUCUACAUUUUAUCACAACUGUUCCGAGUCCUCAAACUCAUCAACAACGAACAGUAACAGCAACAGUAACCCAAAUGAUGAUGAGCAGCGACAGCAGCCGCAAGCAACAUUAUCAACACCAACUGAAACAGCAACAACAAAAGCUGCAAAGCAACAGCCAGGAGCAACAGCAGCAGCAGAAGCAGCAGCAGCAGCAACAGCAAUAGUUAACGCAUUGCCCCAACAAUCGGACAACAGCAACAAGGCGACGCAAAGAUCUAAGCAACAGCCGCUGUGCUUCUGGAAGACGAGCUAUCCACAGCAACCGACGCUGCAGCAGAAGGAAUAUUUCACCCGCUUGCUACAGCAGCAGUUGGAGGCGGCGCUGGCCACACAAAAGGAAACGGAACUGGCCAUUGCAGCAGCAGCAGCUGCUGCUGCGACAACACCAGCAGCAGGGGGCGGAGGAGCGACAGCAGCAACAACUGAUCAGCAGCCGCAUUAUUAUCCGUAUUAUUGCUCGCAGCCCAAGCAGCUGACAAUAGCAUCAUUUCUGCAAAAGGAGUUGCUGCCCGAUGCGGACAACACCAACAGCAACAGCCAACAGCAGCAGCAGCAGCAUCAUCAACACCAACAUCAUCAGCAGCAACAGCAGCAGCAGCAGAACUACCAUCAUCAGCAGCAACAGUCGCAGCAGCAGCAGCAGCAACAACAGCAACACCCGCAUCAUGCACAGCAGCAACAUCAGAAUCACAUGCACAACACACACUUUCGGCGCAACAACAAGAAGCUGCACUACGGCAACAACAACAGCUGCACGCCAACAACAUCUGGUCAGAAAUCGAUUGAGAUUGUGAACGCCAGCAACUACAAUGGAGCACAUCAUCGUCGCAUACCGAAUGUUGCUGUUGCUGGCAAUGGCAAUCAUGUGGCCGGCAAGAAUGGCUACUAUCAGCUGCAUCAUCAUCAUCAGCAGCAGCAGCAACAUCAUCAUCACCAUCACCAUCAUUAUCAUCAUUCGCUAAUGCCGGGCAGCAAUACGCCCACAAGCGCCGAGCAUCAGAAUUUCUAUAAUCUGACCUAUGUGAAUGUUGAUUUGCCGGCAGCAACAAUGCCUGCGACAGCAACAGCAGCAGCAACAGCAACAGCAACAUCGACAGCUGCUGCUGGCAACAAUAUGCAGUUAAAGCCACAAGCAACCGAAACUCCGGCAGCAGUAACAGCAACGACUGCACCUGCAGCAGCAACUGUUGCAGCUGGCAGCAAUCAUAACAUGUUUCUGCAACCGCCGCCAACACUGCAGCUGGCCAUGCUUGGUCCGGGCAUAUUGUCGCCGGUGGCCUUGACGCCGGAUGCUAUUGCGACGACGCCAACCAAUAUGAUUAGCUGUGCACAAUUGGACGAGGCCAUCACAGCGGCCGCUGCCAGCAGUACGGGCAACAGCAACAGCAACAGCAACAUCAACAUCAACAGCAGCAGCAACAGCGGCAGCAACAACAAGAACGUCGAUUUAAACAGCGUAUUAAACGUGCCCAGUCCCACCUAUGCAGCGCUGCCUUUCAUGCUGCAUCAACAACAGCAACAGCAGCAACAGCAACAGCAACAGUUGUUCCCCAACAAAACACAACAGCAGCAGCAACAACAGCAACAACCGCAACACCAUCAGCAGCAACAACAGCUUUUCUUUAGCUUUGGCGAUGGUUAUAACGGUACUGCCUGGUCCCAUGCUAACUCGCCCUGCUAUCCGCCGGCCGUCUAUGGUCCAAGUCCGAGCAGCAUCUCGAGUGGCUCGGCCAACAAUCGCGUUCCGUCGCAUCGCGCCGUCUCGCCCGCCUCGUCCACGUGCUCGCUGGCCAGCGAGUCUCAAUGGAGCAGCAAUCGCAGUCGUCUAACAUCCGCAGAGCUGUUGUCCGUAUCGCCAACGCCGCUCACCUCGGCGGCUGGCUCGAAUCCCGGAAUUUCGACAGCCAGUCAACAGCAGUUGUCGCCCCAUAGCCUGCAUGGGAUGCUGCCGUUUGGCAUACCACCACCACCACCGCCACCAGCGCAAUCCGCUUCGGCAGCAGGAGCAGCGCCACCCCCAGCACCGCCGCCUCCACCACCCAAUCACAGUGGGCCAUAUCAGCACUAUUGCGGUCCCAACUGCGGCUGCGGCAGUGCAGCCAGCGCGUCCUGGCCAGCAUCCUGGUACGAGCUGAUAAUUCCGCCGGAUCGCUAUUUGGAUCACGCACGUAACGUAGAGCUGACCAUACAGCCCGAGCAGCUGCUGUGCCACAGCAAGUACGACAAUCUGUCGCUGGACAUCUGGAAACGAUUUCGCGGGGCGCAGCAGACGCACGCCAAGUUCAAGCUCAAGAUGCGCCUAUGGCGACAUCUGUUCAUCUGGAUAAACCAGCCGAUGUUCUCGCGCUAUCGCAUCUGCCUGGUGGGCUCCACGAUUACCGGCUUCGGAACGGACUCGUCGGACAUCGACAUGUGCCUGCUGCCAGAGCAUCAGACCCACCAACAGCAGCAGCACCACUACAACAACGAGCUGCGCGCCGAGGCGCUCAUGAUACUGAAUCUGUUCAAUGCCGUCCUCAAAGAAAUGGAAGCUUUUCAGGACUUCAAUUUGAUUGAAGCGCGUGUCCCGAUACUUCGCUUUAAAGAUCGCAUCAAUGGCAUCGAAGUCGAUCUCAACUAUAACAAUUCAGUGGGCAUUAAGAACACGUAUUUACUGCAAUUGUAUGCGCAGUUGGAUUGGCGCACUCGUCCGCUGGUGGUUAUAGUCAAGCUGUGGGCUCAAUAUCACGACAUCAACGAUGCCAAGCGCAUGACCGUGUCGAGCUACUCGCUGGUGCUGAUGGUGCUGCACUAUUUGCAGUACGGCUGUACUCCCCAUGUGCUGCCCUGCCUGCAAGCCCUGUAUCCGGAGAAGUUCAACUUGGGGCAGCAGGAUUGCCUCGACCUGGACCUGAUAGAGCCGAUCGAGCCGUAUCAGACGCACAAUACCCAAACUCUCGGCGAGCAUCUGCUCGGCUUCUUCAAGUACUACAGCAGCUUUGACUAUCGGAACAACGCUAUAUCCAUACGCACCGGCGGCGUUUUACCGGUGACCGCCUGCCGGCUGGCCAAGAGCCCCAAGAACGAUAUACAUCAGUGGAAGGAGCUGAAUAUUGAGGAGCCCUUCGAUCUGUCCAAUACGGCACGAUCGGUGUACGACCAAGCCACAUUCGAGCGCGUCAAGACAGUCUUUGUGGCCUCAGCACGCCGGCUGGAGCACACGCUAGAUCUGGCGUCCAUAUUCACGCCCAUUCAUUGUCAGCACCAUCAACGUAUCACGGCCAUGAAUCCGCAGGCGCUGCUGCACCACCAAACCCCACCUACCCAAAUCCACUGUCACAUCCACUCCCACACUCAUCCACACAACCAUCCACCCACCCACACACAUACCCACACACACACCCACCCAGUCAGCCAUCAGGCACAUCAGCUGCUGCACCCACGCAACCCUGGCGUAGCCUUUGCGCCGCCCCCCGCACACCUUGUCUGAUUGCCAUCUAUGGAAGAUUUGCGUCCAGGCACUUCCCUACCCACA